AUGGAGACAUCUCGCUCUGAUACGACGUCGACUGUCAGCACAACGACGUUCAACGACCUCCCACUGCAUCGAGAUAUCGGUCAUGCACUUGAAGUAAUGCGUUUUAUGCGCCCAUCGCCCAUUCAGCUGCACGCGCUGCCCGUAGCUCUGUUUGGAAACGAUGUCAUUGGUCAAGCCAAGUCCGGCACGGGAAAGACUGCAGUCUUCGGGAUUACAGCCAUUGAACACGCAAUUCGCCACGUAGAACAUCGAUUUCAGAAGAGAGAUGAGAUAGUGGUGUUUGGUCCAUUGGCGUUAAUUUUAGCCCCCACCCGAGAGAUCGCGGUCCAGAUUGAGUCGGUGCUGCGCCAAUUGGCGCAAUUCCGACCAGAGAUUAUUAUCCGUACGUGCAUUGGAGGGCUGUCAGUGACUCAAGACCAGAUGCACUUGGCAGCAGGGUGCCACAUCGUGGUGGGCACGCCGGGUCGUGUGAAAGCGCUGGUGGACCAGGGCUCACUGUCAUGCAGUUCUAUUCGCUUGCUGAUACUAGAUGAAGUCGACAAACUCAUGGCACAAGACUUCGAGAAAGAUAUCCGCUACAUUGCAGACGCUAUUCCGAAGAGGAGACAGACACUUGCAUUUUCAGCCACCUUCACACCUGACCAGUUAGUUGCUGUGGUGCUAGUCAUGAGAACUCCACAGAUUGUUCGAGUUCGAGGCCCACAUGAAGUAACAACCGAGUUUAUUUCGUCCCCGGAAGAUCUUGCCAAUUGGAAGACACGAGAGCAGUCAAACGCGCCGGAGCUCUGGCUUCGCCAAGUCCGGCAGUUCUAUAGUGUUAUCAAGCCAUUGGCUUCAUCACCCGCGGGGGGUGAUACACUUAACAUGAAAGGCAAGGUGGUGAAAUUAGUAGCGAUGCUUUCGGAAAUCGUGUUUGUGCAAUGCAUGGUAUUCUGCAACGACAAAUUUCGAGCGGAAGCCUUGGCCACAGCCCUUUCUGGGCAGGGUUGGCCUGCAGCAUGCAUCACUGGCUCACAAGCUCAAGCUACGCGCAUGGAAGUAAUGGAAGGAUUUCGAGAGGCACGCUCGCGUGUAUUGGUGUCUACCGAUCUCACUGCGCGAGGUAUUGAUGUCGACAAAGUUAACUUCGUGGUGAACCUGGAUCUACCACGGGAUCCAGCAACGUAUUUGCACCGUGUUGGAAGAACCGGUCGCUUCGGUGGGAAAGGGUUGGCAGUGACCUUACUCUCGCAAAAUGAAGUACAAGGAAUCCACCUCCUCGGUCGAGUGUUUAAGAUGGAGAUCAGCGAACUGCCAACUCCAAUUCCUUCAGAAAUUUACACGUAUGCGGCUAUCGAGGAAGAUGAAGAGAGUAACGAAGCACCGCAGUUUGUAGCGUGUAUGGUCCCAGACUUGCUGCCCGAUAAAGAGAGUGAUCUUCAGGUUUCGGCUUACAAACUUGAAAAGGAAGUGCAGAAUGCCACAGAAAAGGAAGUUGAGGUGAACAAGUCGUCGUCGAGAGGAUAUGUCGGUCAAUAUGAAAAGGAGGAACAGGUAUACGCACAUUGGGUGAAGUUACUGUAG